AUGAAGCUCGGCGCACUCGUCUUGUUGGCCAGCGCGGCGUUUGCGGCAGCCAAGCCGACCGUGUACCUCAUCCGCCACGGCGAGAAGCCCGCGGAUGGCGGAAACGGCCUCAGCGACAAGGGCAAGCAGCGUGCCGAGUGCCUGCGCAAAGUCUUUGGGGCGAGCUCGCCAUACAACAUCGGCCACAUCAUGGCCCAGACGCCUCAGUCCGACGGUUCCCGCGCGCGGCCUCGCGACACGGUAAAGCCUCUGGCCGCAGACCUGGGCAUCAAGAUCGACGUGUCGUGCGACCGCGACGACACGGACUGCGUGCAGGACGUGGUUGACGGAUACAAGGGCCAGGGCAACAUUCUCAUCUGCUGGGAGCACAAGCAGCUCAACAACAUCGCGGAGGCGCUGGGGGCCAAAAAGGUGGACAACUACCCGGACGACGCCUUCAACAUCAUCUGGACGCAGCCGGCGCCGUACAACAAGAUUGUCAAGGUGUCGUCGGAGGACUGCCCGGGAUUGGACAGCCACUAA